UUCUCGUUCUGAACAAACCUCUUGUUUAUGCAUUAAUAAUGGCAAUCACGAGAUUCAAGAAAGGCAGUAAGGUGGAGGUAUUUAGCAAGAAAGAGGUCUGUACUGGCGCUUGGCUUUGUGCUGAAGUGAUCUCUGGGAAUGGGCAUACAUAUAGUGUGAAAUAUGGCUGGUUUCCAUCGACUGACAAACCAGUUGUGGAAAGGGUGCCAAGGAAGGCAAUUAGGCCCUGCCCACCUCCUGUGCAAGGGGUCGAUCAUUGGGUUUCUGGUGAUCUUGUUGAGGUUUUUCACAACCUCUCUUGGAAAACAGCAAGGAUAGUGAUGGUUAUGGGCAAGAACAACGUUUUGGUUAGAAUGCUUGGCAUGUCUGAAGGUUUGCGGAUCCAUAAAUCUCAUUUAAGGGUUCGACAGUGCUGGCAAGAUGGUAAAUGGAUUGUAGUUGGAAGGGGUUUGGAGAUCAGUGGCACGCCUAUGGGUAAAGGACAGCCAAAUACGCUGUUAAAUCACUAUGCUGGAGAUGAUUACUGUCCUGUUGAAAAAAGAACAAGAACAUUGAAGAGAGGAUCACCACUUGGCUUGUAUGAUCUUGAAGCUCAUCCAGUAACUGCUCAAAAGAAGAGACUGAUUGGAAAAGAAGGUAGCCAUCAUCGAAUUUGUACAAUUCAUCCAUGUCCAACUCUUGAAAAGGAUAUGGUUGUUUACCCAGAUGAAAUAAUGGGCAGAAAUCAUGUUCUCUCUUCCUUUAAUGUAUCAACAGCUGAGUUUUCUAGAGUGGAUGAAAGUGGGGGAAGUGAUAGUUUUCUUGUAAAGCCCUCAAGACCUGCGCAUACUAAUAGUUGUACAUCCUCUGUUGGUAGUUGCAGUUCUAUGGGCGAUGAUUAUCAAAACCUUUCCUUUAGAUUUUCUAUACCACACAGUAACAAGAUAGAGGAUUGCUAUUGUGAUGCUGAAUCAUCUUCAGGAGUGGAUUAUGCGAAAGAAGGACGUUUACUUUCUUCAGAUGCUCGAAUGGGAGUAGAACUCCAUAGGUCAGAAUUGUCUACAUAUUGUUCUGCUAUUCAGGAUUUGUAUGCUUUGGGGCCUUUGCGUUGGGAAGAUGAAGCAAAAUUGACAAAUCUACGGCAAAUGCUUCAUAUUUCAGAUGAUGAGCACUUGAUGGUGCUAAGAAAUUUGUUACCAGCUAAUAGUCUUCUUGUCAGCUGA